GCUGAGUUGUGUUCCAUCCUUCGGCCAGUGAUGUUGUAGCUCACACGGGGCUUUGCUCAGCUCUUCCUCACUCAUCCUUUGCGGAAGCAAGCCGUGUUGCGUGACCUGCUUUCAGCACCGUCGCCCGCAGACAGCUCCGUCGCCCUCCACAGUCAAGCGGAGAUCCGACCAGCCGUUCCCUCGCCAAGGGCUCCAAUCAAGCGGCUAUCAGUCUCGUACUGUCCGCGGCGACGGCUACAGCACCGGCGAUCCGUUUUUCUUUUUAUAUUUUAUUUUUAAUUAGCUGAGGAUGGCGCAAAUACAUUUUUGUAUCGUUUUUCAGCUUCUUGUACUCACUCGACUAAACCAAAUAUCUGCCUUUCCUACGCCGACAGCAUCCAGCGAUGACAAAUCUGUCUACAACCAACAGCUGACAGAGGAAAGACCGCUCCAAGAGCAGAUUGCCGAGGCGGACAGUGUGAAGGCCGCACUACAGUCUGCUGAGAGCAAGCAGUCCGCAAUCUCCAAGGAGCCGGACCGCGAUGACCUACCAGCGCUUAAGUCGUUGGCCCAGGGCCAGAAAUCCAAGGAGGCCAGCGAAGAUAAGGAUGAGCGGAAGAAAGACGAUUACGUUCCGGACGAAUCUGAUUCCACCAAGAGUCGCCGCCUCGCUGAGGAAUAUGACUCAACUAAGAACGGGAUGGAACAUGAUGACACAGACACGUUCCGUCAGGUGGACGGCACUCCGCUGACACCUGAGGACAUCGUGCAAAAGAUUGCAAACAAGAUCUACCAGGAGGACGACAGAGGCGUCUUUGACCGCAUUGUGUCCAAGCUGCUCAAACUAGGUUUGAUAACGGAAAGCCAGGCUGAUACUCUAGAGUACCAGGUGGCCGAAGCCUUGCAGGACCUCAUCACCAAAAAUGCCAAAAACAACGAGAUCGAGGACGAAGAGGAAGUCGAGGACACCCAGGACGCCAACUCGGAUAAAUGGGAGCCGCCCAAUCGGCGCUACGAUGACGAUGACGAAGAAGUCGAGGAUGAUGACGAUGUCAUGGAUGAGGUAGAGAGGGAUGCGGAAGAUGAAGACGACACCGUUUGGAACAAAGAUGUUGGCGAGGACGACAACGAAGUCAACCCGGAGGACGGCCUUCGGGAUCUGCAGUACUUCCCCAACUUCUACCGUCUCCUCAGGAGCCUCAAUUCAGAUCAAGAUGCUCAGGAAAGAGAGACGCUCAUCACCAUCAUGAAGACGCUGAUUGAUUUUGUGAAGAUGAUGGUCAAAUAUGGCACCAUAACACCCGAGGAGGGCGUCUCAUAUCUUGAAAAUCUGGACGCUAUGAUUGCGAUGCAGACCAAGAACAAACUUGGAAAGGUUCUCGGACCGCCAGACUUUGCAGGAAAUAAUGCGGGCAAGAAUUUCGACGAGGACGACAACACCAAGGCCGAGGCUGCCAGGAUGCAAAAGGAAUACGAGAACCUUAAGGACUCCACUAAGGACGAGCAGCCAUCUACCAACCGGCCCGGGAAGUCUGAAACGUAUCUGGAGGCCAUCAGGAAGAACAUAGAAUGGCUGAAGAAACACAACAAGGAAGAAGGCAAAGACGAAAAGAAAGCCCUGACGACCUUGUCUAAGUAUCCUUGAGCAAGACACUUAACCCCACAUGAGGAUAUUGUGUGAAGCGCUUUGACGGCCAUGAAAAGGUGGAAAGGCACAAUACAAGUGUAACUCCAUUUACAAGUGUAACUCCAUCUACCAUUACCAUUUAACCAAUAAGAGGACGGGGUGAAAUACUAGUGAAGGAGACAGCAGGCAGGAAAGAGAGGCGUGGCUGCAUUUGAGCCGAAAUAACCCAGUUUUAAAUAGACUUUUGUCAUAUUGGCCGGUCGGAUUUAACCCUUAAAUACCUGCAACAUGAAGCAAUUAUCAGAGAAUCCCAAAAUUUGAAAAAUAAGGUCCUAAUGAAACUUUUUUUUUUUUUGUAAAGCGAAAAGAAAUGAAUAUGUGUAAUAAGCGCCCUGAUAUCUAUAACCCUUGCUAAAUCCUGUUUUUUUUUCUCAUGGAAGCUGCAGAUUAAAAAAGGCCAAUACUAGUACACAUCAAAUUUCCAAAUAUUAGUGCCAAUAUUCAGCUAAUAAUCAUGUCUAUUUUUCACCCUUUAAUGCAGGAAUCAUGUUAUUUUUUUUUCCUCAAAUGUUUUUUUCAUUAAUACAGGACAUUCCUCUCAAACAAAUUAUUAUAUCUGAAUAUGUUGCGGGCCCUAUUUGACAAUUUGUAACAUCAGUGUUUCCCACACGUACUUUGCAAUAUUUCAUCUACGCAUGUUCUACAAGUUAACACUUUGAAGUUAGCUGCACAGACAAACUAAAAUAUUAAUAUAAUUUCGGCACUCAGUUACAUAAAAAAUGUGGAAAUCUUUCAAAUAUUACAAUUAUAACAGACCAGUAACUGACUGAAAUUGUAUUUCUAUCAUAGCUAAAUAUGAAUUGUUACGACUUUCAAUAAGCAAAAUGUGAGAAACUACUAAGCAUUUUUGUGUUGUCUCUUCAGACUUAAAUUGUCAAACAUCUCAUCAUGGUUUAGUCAUCCAAGACUAAGAGUUUUCGUUAUCGUCGUUUCAAUAAUUCUAUCAUUCAAUUUGUUGUGCAUAAAUGCAUAUGGCAGUAAGGGGACUUGUCAUUUAAUGAGGGGAAGCUCGAAGUCUGUCUGGGACAGUAGGGAAAGAAACUAGAGUGCCAGAAGGCAAGUGUCCAAACGGAAGCAGCUACAAUAGAAAAAACACCAGAAAUAGGCUUGAUUUUUCGCUAGUUGUUUUUAACAAAGCAAGUGUCGCUAGGAUGGGUAUGAAAGUCAGACAGAUCAUCGUGCAGAGAACCAGAGCGUCCAGGCCAGCCGAGACCCGUCCACAGCUCAUAGACCCCCAGAAACGCACAGCGUCUGAUGGGUGGGAUAAACCCAGCCUUUAGCCAAUGACUCGUCUCUUUUCGCUGCAAUGGACCAAUGUCUUUCUGGAGACGCACAACGUCCACUCUGUUUAAAGAACUCAAGCUGCACGAAUGAAUAAAAAGCAAGCCAAAUCGUAACCAGUGAUAAGAAGCUAAUUCUGAACAAAAGUUGAGCACAUAGUUGUGCAUAUUUGGUCAAUGACAUGGACACAACAGUAUACAUUUGAUAACUAAUUUUUUGAAAUUUUGGGGAAGCUUAGCUUCCCUUGCAGUCUUAGAGCAAUCGCCUCUGGUAUACAGUUUUGCAGUAACGUCCCUCUGUGGCAAACCAAGACAAAAAUGAGUUUGACAUCCCGUCUCAAAUGAUCCAUUAUUUCUCUUGUUUUGGCUCCUGUUGUUAUGUCUUAAGAUGUGACUGGCAACCAUGAAAACCGAUUGACGCACAAAAGUCUCCCUGCUGUUGUAAAAAAUCAAUGCUCAGUGCUAUUUCGUUUGGCAGCAGGAAAUUAAAUGUUAAUGACCUCUCGCUGCGCGGGCAGAACGUGAUAGCCGUAUGAAAAUUACAUUUUCCAGUCAGGGCUCGGAGGCUUUAUUGAACAUUGUGUGAACAGGCAGGUGCUGUUAAACACAAAGCCUGGGUGCCUUUGAAAUGAAACACUGCAUUUCCAACACGGAGGUUUUAAUUGUGGCUCAUCUUGCUUGUAUGUGGGACACUUGAUUAGUAUUCUAGUGUGGAAUGGUUGUCUGGGACAACAGCCGCCUCCCCGUCGGCCUGUCAGCCAGAAGAAGGACGCUCUGGACACACACAGUUAACUCAUUAGCUGCCAUUGACGGCGAUAGAUGUCCAAUCCAUUUGACUGGGAGAGGCUAGCAGCAAUCAUUCCAUCCCUGGUAUCGUGGUCAAUGGUAGCAAAUUAAAAUCUAUAUAUGGCUAACCACUAGUAAUGAAGUUAGGUUUGAAUCAUGCGUCGUGUUUGACAUUGGCAAACCGUGUCCCAGCAACUUUAUCGGGAAGAGACUUCCGUCAUUAACAGGCGUUUUCUUUGUUAUAAUUUGUUCGGUCUUAUUAAGAGUGGCAGUAAUGUUUGUUUUGUUCCUAUGACUCAUAACGCAAGGUUCAUUUCCGGAUAUUACUUGGUGUUGCUGUGACGUUACGGUGCAAAAUGAAAGGACGGGGUGGAAAUCAGUAGAGUAUGUUGAUAAAUUGGAGAAAUUGAACACUUGAUGGGCCAUUCAAGAAGUGGAUGACAAUUUAGGCACAAAUGAUUAGGAAGAAUUUACCAUUUAUUUUGAAAUAUGUUAUUGUUUUCAUGAAUAACAAUAAACCAUAAUGUUGUAUUUGUCCAUUGCAACCAUCAUUAAUGCCUUUUUUUAGUACAGUACAGUACAGUACAGGCCAAAAGUUUGGACCUUCUCAUUUGUGCGUUUUCUUUGUUUUCAUGACUAUUUACAUUGUAAAUUCUCACUUAAGGUAAUAAAACUAUGAAUUAACACGUGUGGAUUUGUGCUUUAGGGGGGAAAAAAAACUGAAAUAAAUAAAAACAUAUAAUAUUCUACUACCUUUAAAGUAGCCACACUUUGCUGAUUACUUUGUUGCACACUGUUGCCAUUCUCUUAAUGAGCUUCAAGAGGGAGUCACCUAAAAUGUUUUUUUACUUCACAGGUAUGCCUUUUCAGGGUUGAUUAAUGGAAUUUAUUGCUUCAUCAGUGGUUGGGACUUUCAUUUGUGUUGCGUAGAAUGAGGUGUGUACACAUUUUUGGCCUGUACUCUAGAUAUUUAAUUCACUGGGAGCAAGUUGAAAAAAAUGUUUUUUUAAAUCAUGAAUAAAUUUAAAAAUUGGCAAGAUUUGUGAAUUACUUCUUUUACAGCACCUCGUUUUUCUUCAAAGAUUACCAACUAUGUUACUACUUUGUUAUCUCCUUUGUCUGUCUUUAUGUUCAUUUGUGAGAGCUAAAAACUCAUAAAUGAAUUCCAGCAUACUUUGCCAAUAAAGAUGAUUCUGAUUUAAAACAAAACACAUUUAAAAAAAAAAAAAAAAAUUUAAAAAGUGUUUAAUUUCAAUCGUAAUUUGAUUAAGUGCCAUUUUUGGUCAUAUCAAGUAGCUCCCUCUUUGGAUGGCUAAAAUUGUCAGCAACUGUAUUUGGGAAUUGGUUCAAUUAAAACCCCAUUAAAACUCCAAAUAUAAUUUACACAAAAAGUUAAUGGUUAUGCAUUUUGUGCUGAAUAAUUCUAUCAAAUUCUGCACUGAACCUAGUAGUGUGACAUGUCAAACAUCUCAUUUAGGUUGCCUUAUGUUUUCUUUCAAUCCACGCACGCUUACAUUGACCUCAAUCCCUCUUGAUAG